GAACAGCCGUGUGUCGAACUGGGCUUUGGAACUUAUAAAGCACUCAUCCACAACACAGACUGGACAAAAGGCGCAGAGAGGAUCCACACACGGCUCCUCUCCAUUUAAACAGGAUCUGUUUUCCACCUGCAAUUGCGAUUCUUCAGUCGAAAGGAGAUUUGUUGUGAUUUUUUUAUUUAUAUUAUUUACACCAGGAAGGAAUUUACACGUAGAAUUAUCAAAAAAUAUUUAUGGAGUCACCAUUUUUUGGGUCAUUUUUACGCACGGCCUUGUGGCAUUCUUAAUAGUUUUUUGUUGUUGUUUUUGUGUGUUUGUUUUUUUCUUAAACGUCUUGGAGUGCUUGAGAGUGUAUUCUUGCUCAAGCGAACACCCGUAUCAGAUCUCAUAUGUGGCUAUUCCCGUUAAUAGCAACACGGAUCGCUUUCUCACACUGAAACCGGCGCUUCGCCAGCGCGCAGUCACUGCUGAGCGUUUUAGUUCCCCGUCUGUUUCAAGGAUCUUUGUUUUUCAAACUUUUUUCUGACGGGAGCUUUUAGGGGCCACCAGUCCUCGGAAAUGCUUCCUCUGUGUCCUCUGCUCCUCAUCCUGCCUGCCGCGGUGUUCGUGGCCGCGCACGGCGCCGGGGACGCGCAGAGCUUCUCAUCCUCCGGCGGAGGCGCCGCGUUCGAGCCGCCAGACCCCUGCUUGUUGGUGACCCCUCCGUGCCUGGGCGAGGCUGACCGCUUCAGCCUGGAGGCCCUGCGGAGCAUCCAUCACAUGAUGGACGACGACCAAGACGGCGGGAUCGAGGUGGAGGAGAGUAUGGAGUUCAUCAUUGAAGACAUGAAACAGCAGCAGCAGACCCACAAACACAGCAACCUGCACAGGGAAGACCAGCACAUCACAGUGGAGGAGCUCUGGAGGGGCUGGAAGUCAUCGGAAGUUCAUAAUUGGACUCAAGAGGAGGUGCUGCGCUGGCUGAAGGAGUUCGUUGAGCUGCCGCAGUAUGAGAGGAAUUUCAAAGACCUCAAGGUCAACGGAAACACACUCCCUAGGAUCGCAGCGAAUGAGCCGUCCUUCCUGAGCGGUCAAUUGAAAGUUCAGGAUCAGAGAGAUAAGCAGAAGCUCAACAUCAAAGCCCUGGACGCCGUCCUGUUUGGCCCACCGACACGACCCCCUCACAACUACAUGAAGGACAUGCUGCUCAUCGUGUCGGUGGUGAUGGGAGUCGGAGGCUGCUGGUUCGCCCAGGCCCAGAACAAAGCCAGCAAAGUUCACAUCACCAAGAUGAUGAAGGAUUUGGAAAGCCUCCAGAGGGCUGAAGAGAGCCUCACGGAUAUACAGGAACAACUGGAGCAAGCCCAGGAAGAGAAGCGUAACGUGGCCGAGGAGAAACAGAACCUGGAGGAGAAGAUGCGAGAUGAGAUCAUGGGAGCUCAGGAGGAGGCGCAUCGUCUGUAUGAGCUGAGGCGGGGAGCCGUCACCGAGCUCAGCCGCCUCCGAUACGCAGAGGAAGAGCUGGUACAGGUCCGCGGAGCGCUGAUGCAGGCAGAGCACGACAUGAUGGCCAGCUGGACCGUCUCAGAGACCCUCCAGCAGUGGCUGCAGCUCACACAUGAGGUGGAGGUUCAGUACUACAACGUUAAAAAGCAGAGUGCAGAGCAGCAGCUCGCCACUGCCAAGGAAGAGGCAGAGAGGAUUAAGAAGAAAAGGAGUUCUGUGCUAGGAACACUACACAUGGCUCACGGCUCCUCUCUGGACCAGGUUGAUCACAAGAUCAUGGGGGCAAAGAACGCGUUAUCUGAGGUCACGGCCUGCCUACGAGAGCGCCUACAUCGCUGGCAGCAGAUCGAACUCCUCUGUGGCUUCCCCAUCAUCAGGAAUCCUGGCCUCGGAAACCUAACUGCUCAGCUCUACUCGGAAAAAGUGGCUCUGGGUUUGCCCCGAGUGCUGCAGUCAUCAUGUUCGUGCCACAGCUCCAUCCAUGGAUCUAUAGAGAAUCUUAUAGAUGAGCCUCCAAUGAUGCAACAGAUGCCAGUUCACGGUCCACAACUUAAGUGUUCCCCUCGACCACAGGGAUCGUCCAUGCGUAGGCCUCGUCGUCCUGGCGUCCUCACUCAGUCAUCAGCUGCUAAGAUUUCACCAGACCCCGACCUCCUGAUCCCCAUCCGAGCCCCUUACCCGACAUAUGAAGAGGAAGAAGAACUCUUCUUGAAAACUCUUAAAAAACAAGAUUCCCAGGAGAAAUUCUUUGACUUGGAGUAUAUGUCAUCCCCUUCUCUCAACAAAAUAAUACCUUCCUCCACAGUCGAUUCUUCGUCUCGAAAAAGUUAUUAUGAUGAAUUACCUGCAGAUACAAAACCGUUCAGUAAAGAGGUAGAAACUGCUGCUGAAUCUCCAGUUUGCAAAAUGUCAGUGGAAAAACAUGAAAAAAGCUUGGAUCCUUCUUUAGAAACCCCUUCUUUCAAGAUCUCUGCAGAAGAACCUUUCAUGAAUGCAACGUCAAUGAAGAUAAUUCGAGACAGGAAUGAAGUACCCAUGGAUGUUGCAAUUAGAAAGGGGAUUUUAAAUGAGUUGGACGCAGAGUUUUCUCCAUGGAAAAUAGAGACGGAUACAGCAGGAGAUCUGAUGGACAGUCAUUCAAGGCCUAUUUACAGGGAAAGGUCUAGUUUACAACUGGAUUUGAGAAAGAAUGUUUGGACUGAAUUAGAACCAUCAACUGACAAACCAAGGAAGAUAUCAAGAGAUAUGAUGGGGGGUUCGAUGGACAGUGCAGCAAAAAAGAUGACAAAAGAUAAUGCAGAACAUUUAACUGAAUCAAAGAGAAUGACAAGAGAAUUAAUGGGAAUGUCCCAAGACAUCCCUAGCUCUAGGAAGCUUAUACGGAGUAAAGGAGAACGGCAUCUUGAUUCCUCUGUAUCAUUAGCAAAAGACAAACUGGCUGAUACUGCAAGAAUACCACCAAGAAAAAUAUCUAGGGAUGAACUGGAGUAUCAUACGGAUACUUCCCCCAUGAAGAUGCUACCAAGAGAGACAUUUGAAGCACUUAUGGAGGCCUCAACCUCGACAGACAUGCACGAGUAUGGUUUGGAGCCAGUAACAGUAAGAGGGUUACUAAGACACGAACCAGAGGUGUCUGCUGGUUCCCUCAGAAGGAGAUUGACAAGAAUGCCAAGUUCAGCAGACAUUUUAGCUGGAAGUGCCUCCUGGGAUAGAGUUGAUACACCAAUUGAAAUACCCAAACAACCCCAUCUUAAACUGAGGGAGGAGUUGGGUGCAUUGGAAUCAAGUUCUUUGCCAUGUCGAACUGGACAGCCAGAUCUCAUGUUAACCUCUCAGGUGCCAUGGAAGUCCUCAUCAGACCUUGGCAGUGUUGGCCCGCUGAACCACAUUGUGUAUGAUGGAAUCCUGGAGAAGUCUUGCAACUCCGUGCCAUCAACCCCAACCAGCCCCACUGCUUCCACACCUCAUCUGCCUCAGAGCAGGCCGCUCACCGAGGUGGAGUCACCUAUCGCAUCACCUAAGGCUGUCUUACCAUCUUUGGCGUCACCACCUGAGGGCGGGGAUGAUAAGCACAAAGAGAAAGAGAAAAGCAAGAAAUCGUCAAAGCUCAAAAAUCUUUUUAAAAAGAAAAAUGAGUCACAUCCAGAGAAACUUCAAAGUGGCCUUCAGAAACUCUGACAGGCAGCUCUUUUUGUUUUUCCUCAAUUCACUGAAUUAAAAAUUAGAUGCUUACCUCUUCUGUCUAAACUUCACUGCAUGAGGAGGUUUUUCAUCCAGGGGAUGAAAUGCAGAACAGUUGAGUAUGUGUGGAUGUAGAGAUGCCAUCAGAAUUCACACAUUUCUAGCUUCAGUGAUCUCAUUUCAGAUUCUCGUAGAAUGGAGUGAGAGAUUUGAAAAAUGAAUUUUGUGUUUCUUGCUUUAUUUUGGUAGCACUUAAAAUGUUUGUAUUGUAUGUGCCUGCCAGAAGGAUUACUUGUCUCACUUACUGGGUGACUGUUGAUCCAGUUCUGAAUAUCAGGUAUUUUCACUAUUGCGUGUGUGAAUCUUUCCUUACUCUCUUUUAACCACCAGAGAACAAUUUGGUUUUCAAUUGAACCAGUGGUCCAGUAACAAAUAAGCAUUUUCUCAUUCAGUGUGUUUACAUGCACACCUAAAUCAAGCUAUUGGCAACAAUCUAACUAAGGAUUAAACUGGAGUUUCCAAGAAAUCCAAUUAUACAUGUGCGAGAACACAAUCGAUUAUUGAGUGAGGUGCUUCCGACUCAGCGAUGCUAGGUGGCUCAACACGCACUUUUGCAUUGGCAUUCUUCCGUUUCUUUCUUUGUUGUUCGUCUUCUUCUUCCCCUACUGUGUUGAUAUUCUGCCUUUCGCGGUGUCGUCACUUCUGGAAGGGGGAGUCCCGGGGCAGUCAGUCGCUCAGCUAAGUGUGGGUUGCGUAUACAUACAGAAUAACUUGAAUUAGGAUGCAUUAUCUGGCACUAAUAGCUCAAUCUCAAGAGCUUCAGUUUGGUUUGACUGCAGCCUGGCUAAGGUGUAUACAUGACUUUUAAAAAUUCGAUAUCGAUCGGAUCAAGGCAACAAUUCGACUUUCUGUUAGUGCAUGUAAACGUACUAAAUGCAACAGAGGCACCAUACCCCAGUCCAGUAUGUUUCCUGAUGUUUCUCGCUGAGUGCCAAUACUUUAGGCCAGAAAUUCUAUCCUUAUAAUUUGGAAAAAUUCCCUAAACUCCUUUUUUGAGAGAUAAUCAAACUAGUUCUCUGUUGGUUGAAAGUCCCCUGUUGUUGAAGGAACACCUGGGAAACAGAGGAGCCUGAUUCAAACCUGAACCUCUCAGUUCAUACUGUAAGCUAAGCUCUCAAGUUUACAAAUCACUAAUUUCUUGAAAGUAAAAAUGAUUGUCUGAACACACACACACACGCACACGCACACGCACACGCACACGCACA